CUUCCGUAUUUAUCUUCUUCAGAUUAGCUUUCUAGGGUUUCUAUUCAUCUCUCUCUCUUUCUCUAUAGUUAAAAGCCAAAGCCUUUCUCUCUAUAUAUUGCCGUCUCUCUCUCUGACUCACUGAGUUCGCGCGAUUCUCUUAUCAGAUAUGGGAAUCAUUGUGCGGUGCAGUGGUAAAAGCAUUGGGAUGCCAAUUCUAAGUGUGUUUUGCAAGUUCAUGGGUGAAGUCUUGAGAGCAGCCACUUCAUGCAAAAGUGCUGAAGGUUGAGACUGUAUCAAGAACACACCCUCUUGGAACCCUGCUUAGAUGGGAUUUGCACUUGGCGAUGGCUUCUCAUUUUUGACUUUUGCACUCCUUUUAUGUUGAUUGCCUAGCAUGUCCAACAAUCUAGUAUCACAGCAAUUAUCAGUACAGAGCAUCCAAAUGGGUCAGCUGGAACACAUUUCAAACAAGUUGGACUCAUCAAUGCAAAUGGGGUUGAUGGAAUCCAGAAUACAUGAUCCUGCAUUACAACAGAUGUCCAUGCCGGACAUGCAAAUGGGACGGAUGGGACCGGGACAAAGUUCAACUGACGCACUAUCACAGCAGAUGUCAAUAUCAAGCAACCAAGUACAGUUGUCAGAACCUUUGUGUAAUAACAAUGUUUUGAAGAAUUUCUCUGUACCAAAUAUGCAAACAAGACAUAUGGAACCACGCGCGUACAAUUUGAUACCUGAGAAAUUCUUACCUAAGAGGCAACUGGGAGACAUGGAUACCAUGUUCCAUUCUUCUGGAUCACAGCAGCCAUCACUAUUGAGCAAGCGAAAGGCCCCAAUGGAACCUUCAUCCAACAAUUCUAUGUCACAGAAGUUAUCAAUGCCUCCCAAGCGGGUAGCGCAAAUGGAACAUAGGCCGUGGUUGAUGCCAACUCCAGCACCAAAUACUUCUGGGACAAAUCGUCCUCAAGCACCAUCUAAGAGGCCAGCUUCUAGUAAAGCUGGAUCACAGCAAUCACCUGUUCAGAAAAAUCAAACUGGACAGAUGCUGCCAUUUUCAAGGGCUCGCAAUGAGACUGAUUCUGUGAGGUCCAAGCUAAGGCAAUCACUAGCAGAUGCACUGGCUCUGGUUUCUCAACAGAAGGAUAAAACUUUAAGUUCUGGAAAGAACUCUGAAGGUGAGGCUGCAAGUGCUCAAGCACAGAAACACGAAGAGACUCAACCUAUGGUACAAACUCCUGGUGCUGCUGGUACUGUUGACCAUAUGUCUGAUGAGCCCGAGGAAUCCUUGCCCACAAAGGACGAUUCUUUUACCCAAAACCAUUCUGAUGGCCCAAAGACAUCUCAGGAAACUUCGAACACUAAUGGAAAUGCUGGUUAUUCAACACAGACCUCAAACCAUGAUGGACAGGGAUUACAAUCCAGUGUCAUUUUCCGUGAUGAAGAUGUUUCAUUUAGUGACAGCUUUUUUGUAAAAGAUGAUUUGUUGCAGGGAAAUGGAUUGUCCUGGGUAUUGGAACCUGAUGCAGAGAUGGCAGAGAAAAAGGAGUUUGAAACUGCUGAAACACAGCAAGGCCAGAAGCAUAUCAGCAAAGAUAUUGGAAAACUAAUCCAGGAUCCCCAAUUUUUGGCUUCUGAAAUUGAAGCAGAACUCUUCAAGUUAUUUGGAGGAGUGAACAAGAAGUACAAGGAGAAGGGCAGGUCUCUAUUGUUCAAUUUGAAGGAUCGUAGUAAUCCGGAACUGAGAGAAAAAGUUAUGUCAGGAGAGAUUACUCCAGGGCGGCUCUGCUCUAUGACCGCGGAGGAACUUGCAUCCAAGGAGCUUUCAGAAUGGCGGAUGGCAAAAGCAGAGGAGCUUGCUCAAAUGGUGGUUUUGCCUGAUUCAGAUGUUGAUAUCAGACGUUUGGUGAAGAAAACUCACAAAGGUGAGUUUCAAGUUGAAGUUGAACAAGAUAGUGUCACAAUGGAGGUUGCUGUUGGGACAAGUUCAUUUACUCAGACGCCACCAAAAUCAGAAGAGAAGGAAGCCUCUCCGCUUUCCAAAUCUGAUCAAAUGAAAGACAAAGUGAAUGCUGCUGAUGACAAGAGAAAUUUAGAAGACAAGAAGGGUUCAUAUACGCUUACAAUUCCUUCGAGUGAAGGGACCGAUUUGAUGCAAGGACUUAUGGUGGAUGAUGUAUUGAAGGAUGCGGACUUUCUUCCUCCAAUUGUCUCUCUAGAUGAAUUCAUGGAAUCCCUUGAUUCUGAACCACCAUUUGAAAAUUUACCCUUGGAUGCGGGAAAAGCAACACCCAGCUCCAACAAUGAUGACUCACAGGAUGUGUCAGAAGCUAAGUCUCCUGCUGCAACUGCAAAGGAUCUGGUUGGCAGCACUGCAGAAAAAUCUGAUAAUGUCGAGGUAACUAACACAUCACCUGAAGCUAAUGGGAAAUCCGUCAACAUUCAUGUAGAAUCAGAAACGACACCCUCUGUUGGUGUAUCGAAGGGGGAACAUGUCUGGGAAGGCUUACUUCAGCUGAGUAUUUCCAUCAUGGCCUCGGUUAUUGGCAUCUUUAAAAGUGGUGACAAAACAUCUGCGAAAGAGUGGUCUGGCUUCGUUGAGGUCAAAGGGAGAGUCAGACUUGAUGCAUUUGAGAAGUUCCUCCAGGAGCUUCCGAUGUCACGAAGUCGUGCUGUUAUGGUCGUGCACUUCGUUUGCAAGGAGGGGUCCACGGAAAGUGAGAGGGAAAGUCUUAGAGAGGUGGCGGAUUCCUAUGUUUUGGAUGAGAGAGUGGGUUUUGCUGAGCCUGCUCAUGGAGUGGAACUUUAUUUAUGCCCACCUCAUUUAAAGACACGUGAAAGGCUCAUCAAGGUCCUCCCAAAGGACCAACUUGAGGCCCUUAAUGCUGUUGAUAAUGGUCUAAUUGGUGUUAUUGUAUGGAGAAAAGCUCAAAUAACGUCAACAAUAUCACCUACCUCUGCAUCACACCAUAAACACAGCUCAAAAAAGCAACAACACUUCACUUCUAGGAAGCACCAAGAAAAGGACACUAAUAUGAAUGUGAAUAUUGCAUCAAAACAUCCCCUGCCUCCUCGUAGCGGAGCCUAUCCCAACCCCCAACCUGAUGAAGACGAUGAUGAUGUGCCUCCUGGGUUUGGCCCACCGGCUGGCCGGGAUGAGGAUGAUUUACCUGAGUUCAACUUUUCUAGUAACUCUAUGGCAUCAAGGUCGCAGUUUUCAAACCAAAAUCCUACUAGGGGAUCGGGAAUGCCCCCUCUCAAUUCACCAUAUCCCCAGACCCCAUCUCGUCCCGUAGAUUUGAGGGAGCUUGUUCACAGAUAUGGCCAACCUAAAACUAAUGUUCCACCAAUGCAGCCAUGGAAUGAUGAUGACGAUGACGAUGAUGAUAUGCCAGAGUGGCACCCUGAAGAAACCCAACAUCAUCGUACACACCCUCAGUCAACCCAUGUGCAUGGUGUGCAGCAGCCUGUUCUAAGAGCCCACAUGGCGCAGCAAACGGCACAUCAGACAAUGGCACCAUUAGGAACAUCUCCAGCCAUGCCUCAAGUGAAUAUGAUGCAUAGUCAACAAAAUCUUGCCCCCUCUUUGCAGCAAGGCGCCUGGGUGGCUCCUCAGCCUGUUCCCCAUGGCCAUCCUGCUUAUCAAUCUAGUGGAGGGCAAGCGUAUGGUUCACCCGGGCAGGCUUGGCGCAGAGAUGCCCCUAAAAGUAGAGGCUUUUGAUUUCUUGUAUUGUAAAUGUUAGCGUUUCUCUUUCUGUUAUCCGUCUUUAUGGUUUUUUAACCACAAUUUCUUUUAUUCGUCGCUAUUGUAGUUAAAUUUUCUAGAGCAAAUUAAAGUUAGAAUGCUACCCUAGCA